AUGCUCGAGGCACUUCCAUAUGAACUUCUGUUCAGCAUUGCAGAGUGGCUUCCACCACAAGCGAUUCGUUCCUUAAGUCGAGUUUCUUCUAAGCUCUACUCAACUCUGAUUCCCCUGGCUUACCGUUCAGUCACGUUCCGUGCUGCUAGUGAGUGGGCGCUAAAUGUACUCGACGUUGAUUCAUUCUUCAAUUUGCAUCAAGAUUUACAAGAAUGUUGCCAUCUUCUCCAUACAAAAAACUUGAGUUUUGUUGCUCCCAUUCACGUGGCCAGAUUCAACCGUUGUACUUAUUUCAAUGUUUUCCGCACAAUGGGGCUGAGACAAUCUCUCAGCACUCUUGGCACUUCCAAUGAGACAAAAGCACAUGAGCAAUUUUUAGACGACAUCUCACGCCAGAUCAAAGUUGCCCUAGCACACCUAAAACCGCACAAUCUCCGUUCCUUUCAGUGGCGUCUAGGCACAUGCAUACCUGCUGGCUUCUUGGAUACUGGAGGAUUAAUUAACCGGCAACAGAAUUGUCUGACACAUCUGGUAUUGGUAACGGAUGGAUCUUGUCCUCAUGCUGGUGGCUGUUUAGAGGGCCUCCAUGAGUUGACAUUCCUCGAAUCGUUAGAAUGGGAGGGUGUUCAACAUCCAGCAGAGAUCGAUUCCCUACGAAGAUGCGUUCGUCAGAACAGCCCACACUUGACCAACUUGUCCAUCGGUUUCGCCGUACAUGUGGCCAACAUUGACUUUUAUCGCGAUAUCCUUGGGUUGCCAGCACCUAAUCUGGUGCCGCUUGGCGAGACAUUAUCUGAUCCGUCGGCAAAUUAUCCAUUCCUACAGUCACUGAGCCUGUCGAAAGCCCCUUUGCCCCUAAAGCUACGACAGAACUACGAAUUGCUAUUUUGCUCUCUGAAGUCACUUACACUUCAUGGAUGUGCAAACGAGCUGGAAUUCUUAAAGUGUUUAUCCCAUUCACACAAUCGGGUGCGCCUUGUUCGGUUUGAAUUCUGUAGUGACAGUUUGCUUCAUGAAGUCAAUGAAAGCCGCGACGUGAAUCUGAAACCGUUGACAGACUUCCUGCUUUCCUUUCAAGGUCUCAGAUACUUGCAUCUCAAGCUAUCAAACUUUUCUAACGAGUCUCAUAUUCAAACCGCAAUUGCCCAUCAUCACUCUACACUGGAAAGCCUCGCUUAUCAUCAACGCCAACUUGUGUCCGUCGGCGAAGAAGGCUUAUUUGAAGAAACUCGAGAUUACUCCGCAGGUUGGAUUCUUCAGCUUCCAAAGACCGUUGACACAAAACAAAUAAUUGCAUUAGCGCUGAAUGCUCCCAUUUCGUUUGUGGAACAGCAAUCAAAACUUGAGCCCGUAGCCAGUGUUUCAACGCUGCGUAUUCUGCAUUUCCGUUUCAGUGGUUCCGAGCUAUACCACAGGAAUAUCCAAAACGAAGUUAUUGUUCGACUGAGUCAAAAACAACCCCGGUGCCCGGAUUGCCGUUUCCAAACCGAUAUUCGCGAAGCCCACUCCUGCUCUAUAAUAGAGAGUAAUUAUGCCACCCGCAUAAUGUGCGAGUCCCAUGAGCCGGAUGUAACAUCUACAUCAUCUCCUCUGUGUACGGUGGCAGAUGAGUUCAUCCACUUCGCCGAAUGGGCAUUUGGCCCGACAGGUUUGCCCAACUUGCGCGUCUUGGCCUUCGGAGACUUUUCAUUUGGAAGCCGGUACGAAAACCAGCAAUGCUUAUUUCGUCGAAGACCUGUCAGCAAAGGUGAAGGACCCCGAGCCGAUGGGGAUGGAGGAUGCCGUUGCUGGGCGGGCAGGUAUUUCUGCAUUGCGAGCGGCACAGACCCCCUCCUUUGGAAUGACAUUAAGAUGGAUGAAAUUAAUUUUCUAUCCGUUUGCCCGGAGAAUAGUCUAAUGGAAUCACCCUAUGAAUGA